AUGCUUGAUCAAGAGCCCCUCACUGCGUCUCACGAGUAUACCUACAACGAGCGAGACACCUUAGCGGAAAUGGAGUGGCGAAGCCAGCCCAAACAACACGAUCAUGAUGAACUCCGCCCGCGAAAGCGACAAAAGACCAUUCACCAUAGUGCACUUCCGACCCCAAGACGCGAGGAUUACACUAUCGCCUGGAUAUGCGCCUUACAUAUAGAGAUGGCAGCCGCUCGCGCAAUGCUAGACGAAUGCCACGAACCACUGCCCAUAGACACAGACGACAACAACACGUAUGUGCUGGGACGCAUAAAACGGCAAAAUAUCGUCAUUGCAUGCCUACCAACAGGCCAGUACGGAACAAAUAACGCGGCAAACGUUAUGACAAACAUGAGGCGGACGUUUACAAAUAUCCGCGAUGGCCUGAUGGUCGGGAUUGGGGGUGGCGCACCUGGCAAGGUGGAUGUACGUUUAGGUGAUAUCGUUGUCGGAACAAGUGUCAUACAGUAUGAUCUUGGAAAGAUCCUCGGAGACAAACAGUCGCAACUCCAUCGAACAGCGACACCUCGAUUUCCUCGUCCGUCACUCUUGACAGCCGCAUCUACCCUCCGAUCAAAACAUGAACUAUGCGCUAGCCAGGUCCCUCGUAUUCUACGCCAAAGGCUAGAGGCACACACCCAGUACAGCCGCCCAAGCUCACCGGACCGCCUUUUCCAUGCGACAUAUAGCCAUCAGUCUGCGAUAGCUAGCUGCAACGAAUGCGAUCAAUCGAAGCUGGUGCCGAGAUGCCAACGAGCGCCAACGAACAACAUCAUGAUUCAUUACGGCGCAAUCGCUUCUGGUAACCAAGUCAUGAAGCACAGUACCACCCGAGACACCGUUACCCGGGAACUAGAUGUCAUAUGCUUCGAAAUGGAAGCCGCUGGUCUCAUGGAUAUUCUCCCUUGUCUCCCAAUCCGCGGGAUUUGCGACUACUCGGAUUCACAUAAGAGCAAUGAAUGGCAGAGAUAUGCCGCAGCAACAGCGGCUGCAUACGCAAGAGAAUUAAUCGAAGAGUUGCCUGUGAUAGAAGCGGGAUCGAGAACAGCUGAUUCUCAAGCAAGGUCAGAAAUGGAUGAGCUUCAACAGACAAACCAGGCUCUCAAAAUGGAAGUCAGGGAGCUUAAUGUUCGGCUAAGGCUUCAACAAAGCAGAUUAUCGCCUCAAGUACCGUACAGAAACUUGGUGGCGAUCAAUGACGCCUUGGGGGAAACAUAUAGCUUCUCAUUGAACUACAUUGACUCUUUUGAGGUUUGUGACAUACUAAAUCUUACAAGUCGGAAAACACUAACUCCUAUCUGA